UUUUGGAAUAGAAGAGGGGUGGUGUUGUAAAAGAACAAAAAUGGCAAAAGGAAGAAACGGCGAAAGAAGGCAGAGAGCAGAGCAUUAGUUACGCCCACGGACUCUUUCAGCCAUUCAAUGCUCCACCAAACGCUCGGCUCGUUUCAACCCUUUUCUGCAUCGUUCUCCUACCUUUCAACUCUUCCGUCUGCUUCCUUUUACGGAGGCUCAUCAUCCUCGAGCAUUCCGUUGUACGCCGGCCGUCUGUUAUCUCCUUCGCCGCCGCACACGCGCGCAUCUCAGGUUGAGAUGAAGUUGAUGAAGGACAUGCUCUCAUCAGCACGUGAACAGGGGUUUCCAGCCGGCGAUAUCGAAGAAGUAGCCUGGCUAGGGGAGAGGGACAAUCUCCUUGGGGAGGACUUCCAGGUAGACGACCUCCUUGACCUCAGGGGACUUCCUGAGUCUGAGGAAGACGAGGAGGCUCCGAAAGUCACAGAAGCCCCAAACCAUAAACACAGCUUCUCUCCCCUGAAAACAUUUCCUUGUGCAGACAGCGAAAACAACGAGCGUCUUGAGCUCUACUCCGAAAUCACGCUCCACGAGACCGAUGCCGCCUCGUUGGAAUGGUUGUCAACUUUCUUCGACGAUUGCGCUAAGGAGUUCCCCUCUUCCCCACCUUCGCUUCCAGCCCAAAAUCACAUGUCCAAAUGUUACUCCACCGGGUCUCUACCAGCUCCAUCACUUUUCAGCACGGCCACUGCAGCCGGCAGCCUCUCAACUGAAUCUCUCGUCCCCAUCAAAGCAAAGCGAAGUAAACGCUUGCGAAAAAGCAGGGCUUUAUGGUCACUUUCCGGCUCUCUUAAACUCGCAGACUCUUCACCUUCAUCUUCCCUCACCACCUUCACCUCCUGUUCGCCAACCCCUUCCUCAUCCUCCUCUUCUUCAUCAUUCAACUCUUACUUCCAUGAUCUCUCUCCUUUCACCGGCUUCACCAUGGACGGAAGCUUAGCUCUUUCUAAAGCCCAGAAGCUGAAGAAACGAGGCCGAAAGCCAAAGAACCCAUUUUUCUCACCGGCGGAGAGACGUUGCACUCACUGCGGAGUUCACAAGACACCUCAGUGGCGUGCAGGGCCGCAGGGUGCAAAGACUCUCUGCAACGCGUGUGGUGUUCGGUACAAGUCUGGCCGGUUGCUGCCGGAGUACAGGCCAGCAUGCAGCCCUUCAUUUGUCAGCAAUAUACAUUCUAACAGUCACCGGAAAGUACUGGAAAUGCGGCGGAAGAAGGAUGAGCAGCUGGUUGUGAUCUCCGCGCCGCCGGUCAGCUCCUGCUGACCUGGACCGGCCGGGUCGAUGAGCCGGCUGUGUGUUUUGGUGCUCUAUAGAUGGGAAUAGUUUGAUAGACGGCAAGGGAUUGGUAAUUUAGGUAGGGUUGGUAUUUGCUUUUACUUAUUUUCUAGGUUUGGUCUCUUUUUCUGGCAUUUUUAGGUAUCAGGAUUUAGGUCGAUGUAAGCUGCCAGUUUUUUUUUUAAUUAUUUAUUAUUAGUUUUAGGGAGUAGACAGAUAUAAUAGAUUUAGUCUGACUGUUUUUUAUUCGGUAAAUUAUUUCAGCUGGGUCAUCGUUUGUAAUAUUUUCCAUCCAAGACAUAUAAAUCAUUGCA